AGAAGGGAGUUUAAGACAGUAGCCAGCAUAGGAGAGAUCCCAGGUACUGGAGCUCACCCACACAGCGUUGGAGCCAGCUGUGGACAGACAGGUCCUACAAAUCACGGGCAGCCGGGCACACACAAACAUGGUGCUGACAUGUGAGAUGUGGCAGAGAGGCAGAGCUUGGUGGAGUCUGAACACUAGAACCAGCCAGGCAUGUACAGCAGCUCCCCCCGUGGACAUUUCCUCAUUGAAAAGCGGCUGCACAUGUGCAGAACAAAUGCCGCCCGAAUGGAGCUGGGCUCCUUUCGCACCAAUAAUUGGAGCCCAGUCCCACCUGGAUAUCCUCAUAAGAAGGGGAGAAAGAAUGGAGAAGCACAGUUUGUUACUAGCAGCCGCGGUGCUGCUGUUUGCUGUAUAUGUAACAGGGCAGUAUCCGUAUGAUGACCAGUACCAUGUUUUGGUGGACAACAAGUGCAAAUGUGUCAAGGUGACCUCUAGAUUUGUUAAGACAGAAGACAACAAGGAGAUUUUGGAAAGAAAUAUUGAAAUAAAGGUACCAAUGAGAAGCAGAGUGAACAUUUCCGAUCCUACUUCACCUCUGAGAACCAAUUUUGUCUACAAGCUUUCAGACCUUUGCAAAAAAUGUGAUCCUGUGGAAAUGGACAUCGGCGGUGAGCCAACUCUGGUCUCUCAGGGCAGUUGCAGUAAAUCUGAUGACAUUUGCUACACCUAUGAUAGAAACAAGUGCUACACAAAUGAAGUCCCAUUCACAUACAAUGGAAAGACGAUAAUGAAAAAAGUAGCACUGACUCCUGAGUCCUGCUAUGAAUAGAUACAGGCAAAUACAUAUUAUACUGUGCAUUUUAUUUCAAAUAAACAGCAAAAGAUACAUGUACAUUAUAACUUGCUGCACAAAUACAUGUUUUAUGUUACAGCCUUGCCUGACUUGUAGAUUACAUUUUUUGCAAUAAACCCGUUUUCUGUGCAAAUAAA